AUGCCAUCAACAGAUGAAAAAUCAAAUAAUUUGUUAACCAAUUGUCGAACAAAACCCGAAGACUUUUCUGUGAUUAAAACUAUUGGUCGGGGCGCUUUCGGUGAAGUCCAGUUAGUGAGACAUAAGUCGACUAAACAAGUCUAUGCCAUGAAAUUGUUGAGCAAAUUUGAAAUGAUAAAGCGAUCGGAUUCAGCAUUUUUCUGGGAGGAGAGGUUCAUAAUGGCGUACGCGAACACGGAAUGGAUUGUAAAGUUACACCACGCCUUUCAAAACAAUCAAUUCUUAUAUAUGGUUAUGGAUUACAUGCCGGGCGGCGAUCUCGUCAAUCUGAUGAGCAAUUAUGAUGUGCCCGAAAAGUGGGCCAAAUUUUAUUGCGCUGAAGUCGUCUUAGCCGUCGAUUCCAUACAUUCAAUGGGUUUUGUGCACAGGGAUGUCAAACCAGACAAUAUGUUACUCGACCGCAGGGGUCACCUCAAGUUGGCUGACUUCGGCACCUGCAUGAAGAUGGACUCCGACGGCUUUGUUAGAAGUGAUACCGCCGUCGGAACUCCUGAUUACAUAUCACCAGAAGUGCUGAAAUCUCAAGGAGGAGAGGGCUGUUAUGGAAGGGAAUGUGAUUACUGGUCUAUUGGAGUAUUUCUGUACGAAAUGCUUGUGGGCGACACCCCCUUCUACGCGGACUCAUUGGUGGGCACUUACGGCAAGAUAAUGGAUCACAAGAACUCUCUGCACUUCCCAGAAGACGUGCAAAUAUCAAAGGACGCGCGACAACUCAUUUGUGCAUUUCUUACCGAUCGGUCCCAACGAUUGGGUCGAAACGGCGUCAAUGAUAUCAAAGGCCAUCCGUUCUUCAAAAAUGAUUUGUGGACUUUCGAUAACAUACGAGAAUGUGCUCCACCAGUAGUUCCCGAACUCAUGAGUGAUGACGACACCAGUAAUUUCGAUGACAUUGAAAAAGACGACUCAACCGAAGAAAGUUUUCCAGUGCCUAAAGCCUUCGCCGGCAAUAAUCUACCGUUCGUUGGCUUCACUUAUUCCAGUGAUUAUCAGUUGUUGUCCAGAGAUAAGAGCGAACGAAAGAGGAAUGGAUCCAUUGAGGCCCAAAGAAAGUAUGAACUGGAAUGUGAUAACCGACGCAAAGUGGAGAGCAAAGUGAGUGAGUUGUGGGCAAAACUAGAACAGGAACAGAGUCUCAGAUCACAACUCACUCACUCAACACAGCAUACAAACGACAAGUUUAUAGUUCUCGAGAAACAGUUCGCGACGAUCAGCGAUAAACUGAAAGCCGAAUCUGAAACUGGAGUUAAACUCAAGAAACUCAACGCUGAGCUCACACUCAAUGCCAGCAAUAAAGAGAAAAUAAUCGAUGAAUUGAGCGAAAAGAUUGAAAUGUUUCAAAGAGUGAACACUAAUCAAGCGCUUGACAUACAGAACCUUCAGAAUCAAAUAGAUAAGGCUCACAAUUCCUGGGCUCAAAUCAAUGACAGAACUCAGGAUUUAGAGAACCGAAAACAACUCAUACAAAGAGAACUGGAAGUACUUCGUGAGCGCGAGGCCUCCACUGCUAUUGAGAAUCAAAGACUAACCGAUUCUAUCGUAGAGAUGGAAAAGGAGAGAGCAAUGUUAUCAAUAGAGCUGAAGAAUUCACAGAAAAAGUUAGAGCAACAGACCAGUGCUCACGAAGAGGCCAUCAAUGCAUUCAAUGCUGACAAACAGCGGUCCACAGAAAAUAAUGAUUUCGAGUCAUUACAAGUUCUUCAAUCAAAACUCAACGAAGAGAAGAGUUUGCGGCAAAAGUUUGAGAGUCAGUGUCAGGAAAAGGAAAGACAGAUCUCUAUGAUUAACGUCGACUACAGACAACUUAUGCAACAAAUCCAGAAAAUUGAGGGCGAAUUGAGACAAGAAAACGAUAAAACAAAAGCACUUAAAGUACAAUUGGAUGAAGACGUGAACAAACGCUCGCACUUGCAGUCGGGUCUCAAAGAACAAACAGAAGAGAUCAUUAGUUUGAGACAAAGAGAGAUAAAUCUCAUAAAAGACUUAAAUGAGUUCAAAGACAAUAAGAAAAAAGCCGAGGAAGAGAUCAUGCGGUUAAAGAGCGAACGGUCUAUGGAUGAGUUACAGCUGAAGGAACUUCAGGAUCAGUUAGAGGCCGAGCAAUACUUCUCUUCGUUAUAUAAAACUCAAGUUAAAGAACUUAAAGAAGAAAUUGAAGAAAAGCAAAGAAUAAUCAGUGAUUUUGAAGAAGAAAAGAGUAGUCUUUGUCAUCAAAUCGAGAUAGCGUUGGCCAGGGCUGAAACGGAAGGUAUGGCGCGCCGACAGGCAGAGGAGUUGACCGCAGAUUUAGAGAAAGAGAAGGCUAUUCGAGAACUUGAGAUCGAAGACAGUGAGAGACGUCUGAGAUCUGAAUUGAAUAGCAAUGAGGAGACAAUCAAUACUUACGUGAAUAAAGAGAACGAAUACUCAAAAACUAUUGAAAUAUUAACGAAAGAGAAGGAAGAGUUGAAUACAAAAAUACAUUUUAUGAAUCAGGAAAUGAAUAAUUACAUCAACCAAACAGUUCAUAACGACAAAGUGGAACAAUUGACAAAACAGUUACAACAGGAAAAACUCCUCAAACAACAGGCGGUCAACAAAUUGGCAGAAAUCAUGAACAGAAGAGAUAUGAAUAUAAGCGGAAAGAAAAAUAAGGGCAGUUCUGCUGAUCUCAGACGCAAAGAGAAAGAGUGCCGUAAAUUACAACAAGACUUGACUACUGAAAAAGACAAUUACAACCAAAUGGUGUCCAGAUUUCAGAAAGAGAUUUCUGAUAUGCAGGCAACUCUUCACGAAGAAAGUCAGCUUAAAGUCAAACUUCAGAUGGAAUUGGAUUCUAAAGACGCUGAAAACGAACAGUUGAGACAAAAAAUGAUUUUAAGACUUUCAGACGAACAGAUCAUCAGCAGCUCUAUCAAAGAGAUCGAGUCCAACGAUAUCGAGAACUUGCGGUUAGAGGGCUGGCUGUCGAUCCCUAACAAACAAAACAUUCGUAGACACGGCUGGAGAAAGCAAUACGUGGUUGUGUCGAGUCGUAAGAUUAUCUUCUAUAACAGCGAAGUGGACAAAGCAAAGGCCGACCCGGCGCUCAUCUUAGACCUCAGCAAAUUAUUUCACGUCCGUUCCGUCACUCAAGGUGAUGUUAUCAGAGCUGACGCUAAAGAAAUUCCGCGAAUUUUUCAACUGUUGUAUGCGGGCGAAGGAGAGAGUAGAAAACCGGGCGAUACCUCACAUCCGCCAGAAAUAGCCAAUAAAGAUCCGACAACAGUUGAACAUAAGGGACACGAUUUCAUUCCAAUUAGCUAUCAUAUGCCCACCACUUGUGAGGUGUGUCCCAGACCUCUGUGGCAUAUGUUUAAACCUCCGCCCGCUCUCGAGUGUAGACGGUGUAGAGUAAAGGUGCACAAGGAACAUUUGGAUAAGAAGGAGGAGGUGGUGGCGCCCUGUAAAGUCAAUUACGACCCCAACACCGCUAAAGAGUUGCUAUUACUGGCCAUUUCUCUCGAAGAACAACAACAAUGGGUCCAGAAGUUGAGGAAAAAGAUCGAGAAGUGCGGUUACGCCGCCAACCAGGACUCCAAGUCUCUCAGAUCUUCGAGUACUCAGUGUUUAGUGAAGUCGGCGUCAAUGAAGUCCUCGACAUUACCGCCAAUUAUGCCCACAAAUAACAAUAAUAACAGAAAGUCUUAAUCCAUUCUCGAGUGCCUUUCGAAACAAAAUAUUGUGUAUUUAUAUUAUUAUUUAUUUAAACAUUAGAUGAGAUGUAAUCAAAAUGUAUUUUUAUAUUUUAUUAUUUAAUUGCAAUCAUUUGCCAAAUCUAUUGUAAUUUCUAUAGAAAUUAAUUAUUUGUUAAUCAGUGCCUUAAAACUGAUUCAUGACUUCAUUCUUCACUCAUUCGUCCAUUUUUUACAAAUAUUUCAAACAUUUUCCAUUCAUUUCUGACUGAAAUUGUUUUAUUCAUUCAAAUGAUAUUAUAUUUCGAUAAUUAAAGCAAAUCUUUCAGUCCAACAGUAGUCAC